GUACGUCAAGCCUUUCAAUAUGGCUGCUUUCCGGAUAUGUUACAGAGAGUGGAAAUAAAGCAGUUAUAUUUUUUUAAGAAAACCUCAACGACGAACAAAUAACCGCUUAGAUAUCCAAGUGCUGUUUGCCUUUUUUUAAACAUAUAAUGUGACGGCGUCAGGACGAGCGCCGCCUACCUCCUUGAUUUUUUUAUAAUAAUGAUAGCAGAGGCCAGUCUUUCCAUAUGGGGAUGGGGAGGCCUUGUUGUUGUUCUUUUCCUUGUUACAUUUGGACCAUUUGCUAUAUUUUACUUUGCUUUUUACAUCUUAUGCUUCAUUGGUGGAGGUUUUGUAGUUACACUUUUAUUUGGAAAAACGAACUCAGAAAAAUAUCUUGAAAAGUGUGAACACUCAUUUCUGCCUGCAACAUCAGCUGGUAUAUCUAAGACAUUAGAAGAAAUGAAACAAGAAAGUAAACCAAUAAAAAUAGACAGAAGAUUGACCGGUGCCAGCAUUAUCGAUGAACCUUUACAGCAGGGUAGUUCUCUUUUAGAUGCCUGUAAAUCAAAUAUUGUCCUUUUUGAGUAA